AUGCACUGCCUCCAUUGGCUAUGGUUGUCCUUGUUGGUCUUGUGCCUGUUUUGGCCACAAUCGCCAGGCCAACUGAUACGCAUUCCCAUGCAAUUUCAGGCCUCAUUCAUGGCCAGUCGUCGUCAACAUCGUGCGGGUAGAUCAUCGCUUCUGGCCAAGUAUAAUGUGGUUGGUGGACAGGAGAUUACGUCAAGGAAUAGUGGAGCCACAGAAACAUUGGAUAACCGAUUGAAUCUGGAGUACGCUGGACCCAUUAGCAUUGGAUCACCGGGUCAGCCCUUCAAUAUGCUUUUUGAUACUGGUUCUGCCAAUAUAUGGGUGCCAAGUGCGGAUUGCUCUUCGAAGAACUUGGCCUGUCAGCAUCAUCAUCGUUAUAAUUCUAGUGCCUCGAGUACUUUUGUCCCGGAUGGUCGGAGAUUUGCCAUAGCCUAUGGUACUGGCAGUCUAUCGGGAAGAUUGGCUCGGGAUACGGUCACCAUUGGCCAACUGGUGGUCCAGAAUCAAACUUUUGGCAUGGCAAUGCAUGAACCGGGCUCAACAUUUGUGGAUACCAAUUUCGCGGGGAUCGUAGGACUGGGCUUUCGAGCUAUUGCCGAAGAGAAGAUUAAGCCAUUGUUUGAGAGUAUGUGUGAUCAGAACUUGGUUGAUCAGUGUGUGUUCUCGUUCUAUCUCAAACGUAAUGGGAGUGAAAGAAUGGGUGGUGAGCUCCUCUUCGGUGGUGUGGAUGCCACAAAGUUCUCAGGAUCCCUAACCUACGUACCACUCACUCAUGCUGGCUAUUGGCAGUUCCCAUUGGAUGGUAUAGAAAUGGGCGGUACACUAAUCAGCCAGCAUCGUCAGGCUAUUGCUGAUACUGGUACAUCUCUCCUAGCAGCUCCUCCAAGGGAAUACUUGAUUAUUAAUACUCUUCUUGGUGGCUUGCCCACAACCAAUAAUGAAUAUCUUUUGAACUGCUCGGAGAUUGAUAAGUUACCCGAAAUAGUGUUCAUCAUUGGAGGUAAAAGAUUUGGCUUGCAGCCCCAGGAUUAUAUAAUGCGUGCAAUGAAUGACGAUGGAUCGGUGAUAUGUCUAUCCGCUUUUACCCUAAUGGAGGCGGAGUUCUGGAUUCUGGGAGAUGUCUUCAUCGGUCGAUAUUAUACUGCCUUCGAUGUGGGCCAUCGGAGGAUUGGAUUUGCUCCAGCAGCUUAG